AUGUUUGAUGGCACACAAAAAAAUUUUAACGAUCUUCCAGAGCAAACGUUCGCAAACAUUACUUCAUCUAGGGCUGAUAAAUCAAAUCCAAAACCUUUACAUCAAACAGAGAGCAGUGAGGAUACUUCAUUUCAAAAGACAGAAGACUUUAAAAAAUCUUAUGCUUCCAUUACAGCAUCUGGAGUCGCAAGUGAUAAAACCGAAGACGAAAAGGAAAAGGACAUGAGCAGAAAAUCGCCAUCGCGUUCAUCAUGUAGUGACAUUGAAAAUUUCAUGGAAUAUGUAAACAAUUUUCAACGAGGGCAUUUUAUUUUGUUUUGCUCAAAACUUUCAAAUUUGAAAUAUGUUGAGGCUAUUUCUUUGGUACGGUGGCUAUGUGUGUUUGAUUUUGAUGAAAACAGCAGAAGUGAUGGUAUGUUAUCAAGAAUUGAGGAUAAAAUUAGAGAAAGAAGACCAUUGCACGUUUGUACAUGGAAAGAUACUCCACAACUUUCGCACAAAGGAACUCAGUGGUGUCUUUUACGGGGCUCUGUUCAAGAGGCCGAAAGUAGAACACCCUCUGAUUAUAAAUCAUGGAUGGCAAAUAUUCGCCAGGAUUACGAAAAACAUUUAAACGAAAUUACAAAGUUUUCAGACUUCACAACUCUAAAAGCUGUUGUUUUCUGGCCAAACGAUGAAAAUAUUCAGUUCAUGUUUUGGGCUUUGUUGAAAAUGGUAGAAAUACUAGGCAUAGAUGUGAUUCUGUGCGAUCAUUUACUCAAUCAAUCGACAGAUGAACAAUCUUUUCUUAAAAUCAUCCAACCUAAUUUUGUUAUCAAACAACCGUUACAGGAUAUAUUCAGGCAUAUGUCAGUUGUGUUGAAUGCCAACAAAAAUUGCUCGCAAAAGCAGCAUGUAUAUCAAUUGCCUACUGCAGAUGGAACAAACAAUCCAGGCAUUGAUGAUAAAAUGGCAGCCGAUUUGCGAGAAGAUCUUCAUGUCCUGUACUUAAAUAAUCCCUACCAAAGAGGUAGCGAAGAAGAUUUCAGUUUGUUUGACUUGGAAGAAGAAGAGAAGAACUUUCUUCGUGGAGGAAAUCUUCACUGGUUUGCUUUCUACGAAGCAGGUGUUGGACAUUUUGCUGCAGAGAGGGAUCUCACAAAAUUGAUAGUUGAGCGUAUAAAAACAAAAUAUAUUGAUACAUUCAAAUCUGGAAAAAUUACCGUUUUUCAUGAGCCUGGAUCAGGUGGAACUACCUUAGGUCAACAAAUAUUGUGGUCACUUCGAACAGAGACACCAUGUUUGCAAGUUGAAAUGAACAUGACGUCAACAGUUCCCUCCCUUAUCAACAGAAUAGAGGUAAUAUCUAAGAAAACCAAUCUUCCACUUGUGCUGCUCAUUGACGGUGAUGAUAGACAUAAAGUGAAAGGACUUUACAAUCUUGUCAAUCAUCUCAUGGUCAUUUUUAUACAUAUUCGAAGACUCAUAGUAAAACCAAAAACGAUCAGUGAAAAUGAAUUCUGGCUUCCUGGAAAAGUUUCCCGACAAGAAGUUAAGAAACUUGCAAUUAAAUUUACUUGUCAUUGCGACAGUGAUUUAAAGAAAGAUAAAAUCACUGACUUGGUUAAGGAUGUUGAACGUGGCAAACUACGUUUAAUGUAUGAAUUUGGGAUGACAGUGUUUAUGGAAGAUUUCAGGGGAAUCCAUUCCUACGUAAAAGGAUAUCUUCAACUGGAUGAAAACCCUCAACACGAUCGAGAACUUCAACCAUGGCAAAAAAUCCUUGGUUACCUUUCAUUAGUUUACUAUUAUGGGCAAACAUCAAUCCCAUGUCAAUUUUUUGUUACGCUUCUGUGCUGGCAGAAUAAUUACGAUGUUGGCAUAGAAGAUUUUCCAUUUCAAGUACGACAAUUUAUUGUAUCUUGUAGGUUUGAAGGAAAACCAAACUGCAUUAGAAUUUGCCACUACGUUGUGGCAAAAGAAAUCCUUGAACAACUUCUGACAUGGAGAAAACGAAAACUUCAGAAAGAUGAAAAAACCAGUAAAUAUGGUCUCAGUCAUACGGCUAAGAUGGGAAUGUACGACUUUGUUAUCCAUUUGUUAGACGACAUCAGAAAUCGAAAAAUAAAGACCUCUGUCAAAUCUGGACGAAUAACUGAUAUACUGACACGGACUCUAAUUGUUCGAUACAAUCGUGAUGUGGAAGACAAUGAAUUGGUGCGGGGAAGAAUUUCGAGACUUCUUGAAGAUAUACCUUGCAAAGCACCUUUUACAGAGCGAAUUAAUAUUUUAAAGAAAAUAACUGAAAUAUUCCCAAGUGAUCCUAAUUUUCAUGCCCAUUUAGGAAGAAUGUACUCCAUUUGUCGCCCUGAAGAUGAAAAAAAAGCAGAGGAUUGUUUCGCUACAGCAGUCAACUUAGUGGCAAGGAUGAAAGAAAUAUCAGAUUUUGAUGAAAGUAAAAAACUGACGAUGAAAUACGUAUAUCAUAUGUAUGGUAUUUUCUGCAAUCAGAAAAUAACAAAGCUAACAAAGAAACAACAAUUGCAAGCAAAGGCAAAACUGGCACCAGAGGACUUUGAUAGGAUAAUGGAAACUCUUCUUGCUCAUGCAAAGGAUGCUUGUCUUUAUUUCUCGAAGACAAGAGCCAUAACUCUAUAUGGCUUUGAGGAUGGUUAUGGCUAUGUUGGAGAAAUGACAACACGAUUACUUAUUUGUGAAUUUGUACAUCGACAGACUUUCUUUAAGGAUUUGAAUGAAGUAUAUACCCAUAGAGUUGAAAUGGUAGAUUUCGUGAAAGAGAGUAUUACAAUAAUUUUGGAACUGAUUUAUCAGUGUUAUAGCUGUGUUAAUCCUGAUGAUCUUCAUGUGGAAUUCUUGAGGAAAAUUCAUUGGUAUAAUGCUCUUUUCGAAUCAAUCAUGAUUACAUAUGACUUGGACAAUCUUAUGAAAACCGAGAAUGUUCAUACGCGUCGGGUGCAUAAUGCAGUGACAAAACUUCAGUUUGGGGUGGAGAGCACAUUACACACCCUAGAUUGUAUAACUUCAGCCUCGAGUAUAAAUGAAAUUGUUCGGAAUUGUGAAAAGAAUUUCAAAGACUUAACUUUUGAAGAUAUAGACCUUAAAAGAGCAGCCAUUGAUUUGGAUUAUAAGGACUGGCUCCAUGCAAUUCGACAUAAGAAAUUCGUCCAGAUUUACAGUCUUGAGGAUGUUUUACUUCAAGUUCGAUUCUGGCAUGAACUGCUUAAAAGUCCAAGUUCAAAGCUCUACCUGUUUAUAUUACUUAGUGUUCUCGGUUUUGGGGAUAUUGAGGAGAGCAAUCCAAGAAUAGAACUAUUGACUGAGGCAAAGGAAAUUUUGGAAGAUUUGACCAAAAUAGGCAGAACAAUAUCUCGACAACGAUCGCCAAAGGAAUGGCUUGGAAGAGGACCUGGGAUUCGUUGUCUUAUACCAGCUAGAUUUGACUACAAAGCUUGUGAAACUGAGGAUCAAUAUUAUGACUCGGAAUAUAGUGACAGGGUUGUUCUCAAAGGUACAAUCUGCCGACCAAAUGAAAAACGACAAACUGGAUUUAUAGAGCUGGAUCUUGGGGAUAACAUAACUCCAAUUCGUAUCCAUUUUGUACCGAUUAGAACAAUUGGACCUCUUAUUGGUAAAAGAUAUGCUGGAGAACGUGUUGAGUUUGUUUUGGCGUUUACUUACGCUUCUGGUUACAAUGCUUUCAAUGUAGCUCUUUUAAAAAAAUAUCCCUGUGUUUGCUCUCGAAUGGUGGAGAUUACCAGUGACAAAAGACAAGCCCAGUGUUUAUGUGGAGAGUAUGUUUCGCGAGAAGAUGAAUAG